GUCGGCUCACAAAUUCGUGACUUCCUUUUGGGCCGGUGAUAAGAUUCUCGGCUCGUAUAUGAUCUGGACCCUGGUGGGCCCAAUGGUUGGGCCUUCAGCUCGAAAGAAAUAGUCGACGUUUUCGCGAGGAAGACUGAAAACUCGAGCGGUUCUCGUGUGCGGCGGCGGCAGAUCGAGGACAUUGGCGGCGGCGGCAGAUCGUCUGAACCAGGUUUUUGCAUUUGUUGCUAUCUUAUGGACGACAAGAGUAACGUGAAGAAGGAAAUAGAUGGCUCCCUUGCGCCCCGUCCUCGCAAGGGGGGACUUAAAUUCGCACCCAAAAAGCCUCCAAAGAAACCUGCAAAGGUUGUCCCAAAAACGGAGCCUGUUGAGGAGAGCAAGGAUGAAAUCAUUGAUAAGGAAUUGUUGAUGAAACUGAAGACAUCACAGAGCACUGAUCCCUUUGGAAGAAGACCUAAGGUUGAGAAAAAAGAAAUCAAUACACAGGUUGCAUUUGGGCAAGGGAACUCUUCGUACGCAAGAUCUUUUCCUACGCGGAAGUAUUCGGCAGCGCCAAAAGCACCAAAAGAAUAUGUGGAUCCAUGGGAUUAUACCCAUAGCGACUAUCCUAUAACUCUCCCACUUAGGAGGCCCUACUCUGGAGAUCCUGAGAUUCUUGAUGAAGAGGAGUUUGGAGAGAAAUCGGCCAGCAGAGCUCAGGAUGGCGAAUUAACUGCAGCAGAAGAACUUGGAUUAAUGGAUUGGUCCGACACACCACAGUUACUCUUCUUCCAGUUACCUGCGUCUCUUCCUUUACCAAAGCAAAUGGAAUCUGUUGAAGAACCAAAUACUGGCUCUGAGGAGAAUGUUGAACCUGCCACAAGCUCUAAAGUGGCACGUGGGCAGACACUCCCUGGCUCUAAGAUCAAAGAUCUGCCAGGAGGUCUCAUGGGGAAGAUACUCGUUUAUAAAAGCGGUAAAGUGAAGAUGAAGAUAGGAGAUGCACUGUUUGAUGUAUCUCCCGGUUCAAAUUGCAUGUUUGUCCAGGAGGCUGUGGCGGUUAACACCAGAGAAAAUCAUUGCUGCACCCUGGGAGAGGUCAGUAAGCGCGCGGUUAUUACCCCGGACGUUGGCUAUCUGCUGGGCUCUACUGACAAGAUGGAAGAAUAAGUCCAUGUUUGCAUGGAAUAUUGUUCAGGAGAACAACCUGCAUGAAAAAACGUCACAUUUUGUUACGGAUGGAGUAACAAAAGAUGGGAUUAAGGACCCUGCUUAGUUGUUGUUCUGAGACAGCUAAGAUAUGAUGACCCUGUCUGUCAAAGAUUUUAUGAUGAGCAAUGUCAUGGCGGUAUGACGGAUUCCAUCCGAAUUCGGUACGAUAUAUUUGUCUGACCCGCUGGAUCCUCACCCCUUUUAAUCUGUGUUGCUCAGAAAUACAGUAUCCUACAAUUUCGUUUGUGCAUGUGCUCAAAACAUAUUUUCUUUUGUUCCUUGCGUGGUUUGUAUAAUUGCACAAAGAUGAUUUUUUAUUUUAAAAAAGGAGUCAUAACUAGAUUGCACUAAAAUCAGCAUGCUUCAUCAAACUACAAGAAAGGUAACCUACACAAACUGUAGCUUUGCCGUAAACAGAGGCAUGAGUUGUUACCAAUUCCCUGAAUUUUUGUACCAGCUUUCCCCACCUCCACCCCAGCUCCCCUCGCCGCCGCCAGGUGAAUCCGACGGGCAAAGCCCGCUCGGCGUUCGGCGGCGGCGGGGACUUCUCCUCGCGGGACGCGUAGCGGCGGCCCUGGACGACGCGAGGCGACUGGCGGCGGCGGCGUCUCGCCGGCGCAGGCAAGCCGGGGCGGUGGCCCCGGGCAUGGUGGCGGCGCCGUUCUCUCCUCUCCUCUCCCUGUGAGUCGUGUGGGGCGGUGCUGGGCCGGCCGCCGCGGAUCUGGCGCCAGGAGGCUGGAUCCGUCGAUGGGGCUGCCCAGGCGUGUGGCUCCGGUGGCUGCACGUCCGGCUGGUUGAGCUGCGGUGGUGGCGGCGUGCUGCAGCUCCUGGAUGGCGGCGCGGCGGCGCCGCGUAGGUGGAGGUGCUGCGGUGGUCGUGGGGAGCGGUCCCUGGCCUCCGGGGCGGUGUGUGUUGUGCCAGCUCCGGCCGUGCGAGCAGUGUAGAGGUGGUC